AUGAAGUUCACCCUGGGCCUGGGGUCGCGGGCGUGGAGAGUGUCCUGGGAACGGGCGACAGAGGCGGGAGCAAGUCCUGGGGCGGGCAGUGGCGCGCUCCGCGGCGGCGCACUGCGCGUCUCCAGCCCGCGGCCCGGCCGCCGCGGAUCUAGGCUCGCGCACGCCCUCCCUCUAUGCCUCUCCGGCGGUGGCGGCGCCCGAGCUCUCCCGGACUGCUCCGGGCCCAGCCCCCGCCGCUCCGGCGCCAGGCAACUGGUUGGCUCAGGCGCUAUGGAGCAGACCUACGGCGAAGUGAACCAGUUGGGCGGCGUGUUCGUCAAUGGCCGCCCCCUGCCCAACGCCAUCCGCUUGCGCAUUGUGGAAUUGGCACAGCUGGGCAUCCGACCCUGUGACAUCAGUCGGCAGCUUCGCGUCUCCCACGGCUGCGUGAGCAAGAUUCUGGCGCGCUACAAUGAGACGGGCUCCAUUUUACCCGGGGCCAUCGGGGGCAGCAAACCCCGCGUCACCACCCCCAACGUAGUAAAGCAUAUCCGGGACUACAAGCAGGGGGACCCCGGCAUCUUUGCCUGGGAGAUUCGCGACAGACUGCUGGCCGACGGCGUCUGCGACAAGUACAACGUACCCUCGGUGAGCUCCAUCAGUCGCAUCCUGCGCAACAAGAUUGGCAGCCUAGCGCAACCCGGGCCUUACGAGGCAAGUAAGCAGCCGCCGCCGCAACCUGCACUGCCUUAUAACCACAUCUACCAGUAUCCCUACCCCAGCCCGGUGUCGCCCACCGGCGCUAAGAUGGGUAGCCAUCCCGGGGUGCCGGGCUCGGCGGGCCACGUCAGCAUUCCGCGUUCAUGGCCCUCGGCACAUUCGGUCAGCAACAUCCUGGGCAUCCGGACGUUUAUGGAGCAAACAGGGGCCCUGGCCGGGAGCGAAGGCUCCGCCUAUUCCCCCAAGAUGGAAGAGUGGGCCAGCGUGAACCGCACGGCCUUCCCUGCCACCCCAGCAGUGAAUGGGCUGGAGAAACCUGCCUUGGAAGCGGACAUUAAAUAUACUCAGUCGGCCUCGGGCAUCUCGGCUGUAAGCAGCUUCCUUCCAGCCUGCGCUUACCCAGCCUCCAACCAGCACAGCGUAUAUAGCGCGCCAGGCGGCGGGUACCUUGCCCCCGGCCCGCCUUGGCCACCGGCGCAGGGACCCCCGCUGGCACCCCCAGGGGCCAGCGUCACAGUACACGGCGGGGAACUUGCCGCAGCAAUGACCUUCAAGCAUCCUAGCCGAGAAGUGGCCGACCGGAAGCCUUCCAGUCCAGGGGGCAAGGCCCCCGAUGCCCUCAGUAGCUUACAUGGACUUCCCAUCCCGGCCUCCACCUCCUAGGGGCAACUCUUCCCCAGCCCCAGCCUGAGCCUGAGGAAACUGCGGAAGGCUGGACGGCCCAGGGCGCGCAGCUCCGCCCUGCAGCGGUGGCGCAGGAAGACCCUAGGACACGCAGAGGAGGAACCAACCCGGGCCGGCGGCAAGGACACAUUCAGUCAACCCCUGGCUACAUUCUGCCUCUAGCCUGGGCAGCACAGUUUCUUUAUGGGCCGGGGUAUUUUGACUUUUCUGAACUUUGGCUUUAGACCGUUGCACCCUCGUGGAGAUUCUUGCUCCGACUUGGCGUCCCUUGCCCUGCCAGACUCAAAUUUCUUUUUCUUUUUUUUUAAUCAUCUUUUUUCUGCUCUUCCUCCCUUCCUCCUCCCACUUCUCUUUCUCUCUCUCCCCUUUUCUUUCUUUCCUUUU